CUGUGUCAAAAACAAAAAGAGCCAGAGAGGAGCAGACAGGCGCUCGGCCAGAGCUCCGGUUUCUAAGUGGGCUGCUCUAAUUAUACAGUGUUGUGUUAUGUCGGGGCAGGUGAGGAGGGUUUAAAAACAGACCCGGAGGCUGCAGGGCACGAAUUAGCUUCAUGCGCUUUCAUCGCUGCAGCGUCGUGACCAACCAGGAGCGAGAGGUUUGCAUCUGAGCGCGGAGCUGCAGGUGUUGACGAGCGGACAUCAUGACAACACUGCGGGAGAACAGGACGAGAUGCCUGCGGUACGACUUCAGGGCUUAAGAUUGCAGCCUGGACCAAACAACAACGUCUCAACGACAUUGAUGAAGCUUUUAGGGCCUUUUGAUUGAUCAGCCAAUCGAUGGGGAUUUUCAGAGGAGCUCCGCCUACCAUCGCUGCCUGCCCUCCUCCUGCCCCCUCCCCCCGCGCCCCCACCCACUCCGUCAUCCAGCCCUUAAUACACAAAAUGACUCUGGAACUCACUGAAUGGUCUUCAAUAUGGAUUUUUACUGCUUGUAAUAGACAGUAAGAAAAAAAGGAAAACAAAAAAGAGGGAGACAACCUCAAUGACAAAAAAGCCAUAAACACACCCAUCACACGCACACACACACACACAUACACCACAGACACGCAUACACAAACGCACCACUGGCAUACACAAACAGGCAUGAAAACACUGACAUACCAACAUACUGAUUGAAGCUCACAGUGUUUGCAAGGCAUGCUCUCACCUGACAUCACACUCACAAAGAAGCGGACGCACAAACUCCCGCUUGGAAUGUACCGCACACUCUACCUGUGAAAAUUCUGCUGCUUCCUUUAUUUUGGGGGAUUUUUGAAAGCUUUUUUUUUUUUGGUGAUUUUCUUAGUGGAGAUAACAAGGCGGCAAGAGGAGGAUUUAAAAAAAAAAAAACGCCUUGGAUUUGAAGUGUUUUUGGACAACUUAGGACAAAUGAUUGCUGAUUGACUCUUGUUUUCUGUAUUUUAGCAGAUCAGGAAAUUGAGAAUUGUGUUAGGUGUGUUGAUAAGUUUCUUUUUUAAUUUCAGAUAGAUUUCAUGACUUAGAUUGCUCGGACAUUAUCUGUUAUUCUUGUGGUAUUAGCACUUGAUCACUUCACCAAAACCUUUAAUAGGUAAUAACUAGCAAGUUACAACGACAGGCGAGUUGUAGCAUGUAAAGAUUGUAAUUAAGUUACUUCCAGGAAGUCAUUACUAGUAUUUAGAGUAACUACAACCUUGAUCCACAAAGUAGUUUGUGGAAGUAGUUGUUUUUUCUUUGGUAGUUCUCCGAUUUUUCAAGGGGUGCGCUUGUUUUCUUGUUGCGUGCAUGCUUACCGCCAUGCCUCCUCAGAACACAGAGGCUGACGCUAUGCAGGUCGGAUCUCUGGUUGGCGGUGUCAACGCCAAAAACUCCUCUGCAUCGGGAUUGGAAGAGGAUAAAGGAGGAGCAGGAGGCAAGACGGAUGGAUCGGGAGGAGGCGGGGGAGGAACCGGUGGUGGUGGGGAGGAGGUGGCGAGCGAAGAAUCGAUAGAAGGCAUCCCCAUGAAAAGAUGGUUGAUGCACGGGGCUGUGAUGUUCGGCCGGGAGUUCUGCUACGCCAUGGAGACGGCGCUGGUGACGCCCGUGCUGCUGCAGAUUGGUCUUCCAGAGCAGUACUACAGCCUGACGUGGUUCCUCAGUCCCGUCCUCGGCCUCAUGUUCACCCCCCUGAUCGGCUCGGCCAGCGACCGCUGCACUCUGCGAUGGGGCAGGAGGAGACCCUUCAUCCUGGCUCUCUGUAUCGGCACGCUGAUCGGAGUGGCUCUGUUUCUGAAUGGAUCGCUGAUAGGUCUGUCACUAGGUGACGAGCAGGGAAAACAACCGAUCGGCAUUGUUCUCACCGUGCUGGGAGUCGUGGUGCUGGACUUCUGUGCAGACGCCACGGAGGGACCAAUCAGGGCGUAUUUGCUAGAUGUGGCAGACACAGACGAGCAGGACAUGGCGCUCAACAUCCACGCCGCCUCAGCAGGUCUUGGCGGCGCAGUCGGCUACGCUCUCGGAGGCUUGGACUGGACGCACACCUUCCUCGGAGCAAUCUUCAAGUCUCAAGAGCAGAUCCUGUUCGUCUUCGCCGCCAUCCUCUUCUCAAUCUCUGUGGUGUUGCAUCUCUUCAGCAUCGAGGAGCAGCCGUACUCCCACCAACACGACAAGCUGGAUCAGGAGAGCCCAGAUCCCAACAACAAGCGACUUUCAGCCAAUGGCAAGGCAGGAUUUAUUGGUCCCAAGUUGGAAAUGAUAGGAGAGGAUGAAACGAUAGACAGCUACGACCUUUACGACCCCUAUGAAGAUGACAUGUCGGAUCGGGGAGAUAUGGACAUGGACUUUUUGGAGGUUGAGCUUGUAAGAAGUAAAAGUGACAGUGUUCUCGCCAUGGCCGACGGCGACCACCUGGACCAUGAUGCAAUGUGGUUGUGCCACCUAGAACCGUCCAUCUUCACCGACCGCCUCUCGCCCUAUCAAGGCUCGCCACCUACAAACUCCUCCUUAUUCAACGCCAAUCACAGCACCCCCCCUCCCCGGUGUACCAACAUCAGACGCAGCAGCAGCACAGGAAGCGAGGACCUGCUCCGGCCCCAAAACAACAACCACCAAUCGAACGCUCUCACACCCAGGGUUUCCCGCCUCUCGGCUUUCUUACAAGAAAUGGAGAACGACGACGGACAGGAGGCGCUGCUCAACAACCAGCUCAACGAGCAGCGGACGCUGAACGGCCGGCUGUUAGCCGGUGUAAACAAUGAUGAGAGAUAUAACACCAACAGCCUGAGCUCUAAAGGGCAGGCCCACCGUGCUGGGAUGGUCAAAGCCGCCAGCACCGGAGCUCCCACGAGGCAAUGGCAUCACCGCCAUAUCUUCUACCGCCAGCCGUCCUGCACCUUCUCCUACUACGGCCGAGUUGGGAGCCAGCGUUACCGCUACCGCCGGGCCAACGCCGCCUUCCUCAUCAAGCCGUCUCGCAGCAUGAGCGACCUCUGCGAGGUGGAGACCCGACACAGGAGGAGGAGCAGACAGAGGAGCAGACACAGAAGUGGAAACACAAACUCCUCCAGCGGCGACACCGAGAGCGAAGAGGGCGAGGUUGAGACCACCGUGCGCCUGCUGUGGCUCUCCAUGCUGAAGAUGCCUCCAGAGCUGCUGCGACUCUGCGCCUGUCACCUGCUCACCUGGUUCUCCAUCAUCGCAGAGGCCGUCUUCUUCACCGACUUCAUGGGACAAGUCAUCUACCAUGGAGAUCCCACCGCUCCUGCCAACUCUACUUUGCUGGUAAACUAUCACAGAGGAGUUCAGAUGGGAUGUUGGGGACUCGUUAUAUAUGCCAUGACUGCUGCCACCUGCUCAGCUCUCCUUCAGAAAUACCUUGACAACUUUGACCUGAGCAUUAAGGUCAUCUACAUCCUGGGGACACUUGGAUUCUCCAUAGGAACUGCAGUCAUGGCAAUCUUCCCGAAUGUGUAUGUGUCCAUGGUGAUGAUCAGUACCAUGGGCAUCAUCUCCAUGAGUAUCUCCUACUGUCCGUAUGCUCUGUUAGGACAGUAUCACGAAAUGAAACAGUACAUCGAGCACAGUCCUGGAAACUCCCGGAGAGGCUUUGGCAUUGACUGUGCUAUCUUAUCGUGCCAGGUGUACAUCAGUCAGAUCAUGGUGGCCUCCGGGGCCGGUGCUGUGGUGGAAGCUGUUGGCAGCGUCCGUGUUAUUCCCCUGAUGGCCUCUGGGGGCUCCCUCCUCGGCUUCUUCACUGCGUGCUUUUUGGUCAUUUACCCGUCGCCAAACAGCGGGGAGGGGGACUCGGCCAAAGCUUCAGAAAAACGGGCCUUGACGAAGCUGGAAAAUCCCAAAAGCACGGCCGUAGCCGUGGUGAAAGAGAAACCCAGCUUCCUGAAACUCAAUAAGGAGGGGAAGGCCACGACCACCACCACUUCCUGUCACAUGGAAAACGAGUCUGCCCUGUGAUUGGCUGGCUAAAUUCAACAGAGACUUUGCUGCAGACACACUUAAAUUAAUUUUAAUCAUCAAUGCUGUUGGAAAAGACAAAAGGAUUUACCCUCCAUUCUCGCUGUGCUGGAGUUUACAGACAUCUGGAAGAGAGAGGGGGGUGGUCGGGAAAAUCCGAAAACAACCCAACCUGGUGUGGGACCAGCGUCAUACCAGACCAACCUACCCAACAAAAAAAAAAAUCAUUCUGGUCCCAGUGCUGUUUUAGCUUUCUCCAAAAAACCUUUCAUUUAAACCUCACAUCGCCCAGAAGUGAGUCAUUCAUUGGUCAUGGUUUUAAAGCAACACUAUGUAACUUUUACUGAGCAGCAGCGCCCUCUGCAGCCACAAGUGGUGAAUACAUCUGCAAAGCAAACAAAAAUUGCUCCGUCCCACUUGCUGAGCUAAAAAUUGUCAGAAAGGUGUUUACUCCUCACAACUCUCGCUUCCCAAACAGGAGGCGCUGUCACUACUAAAGGCUCCAAAGUCGUUUUGGAAAGUUGUCUCGUUGAAUAUCGAAGAUUGAUCGGAGAUUUCAUUUAACUUGCUGGGCCAGGAUUUCAGUUUAAGUUAAGUUUUAGCUGCAACGGUCAUCUAGAAGAGAUUGUACUCACUCACCAAAGUUGCAUACAGUGACGAGCCCUUCAGGAUGCGGAGUGAGAAUGAAAGAGUAAAGUAGUUGCAUAGUGUUGCUUUAAGUUGAGGUCUUCUCUGUCUCUCAGGGCCUCUAGGAGGUGCCACUGAGCAGCCGCCUGGACAGGAAACUUCAGGGGAUUCUCAUUCAUACAAACUCUCACAUGCACAUAAACACCUCUUCAUCUGAAUCAGAUGAACAAACUGAACAAUGAACACUGUUGAUGACCAUUAGUCUUCGAAAGUUGCAUUCAUUAAAAAAAUAUUGUUCUUCCUCGCUGUGGAAUCGGAUCGCUGGAAUCUUUGCUUCAUCAUGUGGACGCUCAUCGACAAGAGAGAGAGUGUGUGUGUGCGGACUUGGCGUCACCAAAGUGAACACACUCCGUUUUGCGGGACUUUAACAGCACUCAGCGACAGUAGCUUUAAGACUCUAGAGACUUUUGGAAACCUGUUUCAACAGGGGAAAGAAUCGAUCUGGAGCCCCCACGUUGAUUGCAGGUGAUCUGUUUUGCCCUGCGUCACACGGCAGAGGUGCUCGCAUCUUAAAUUCAGCUUUCACUCCGGGGCAAAGGUGACAAUAUUUACGAGGAUCUGUGGACAAGUGUGAAGUUGCCUUUCAAUGCUGAGAGUUAGGAACAAGAAUAAAAAGAGAGCUGAUGUGUAUUGAGUGAAAUUCCAGGAAAAGAAAGAGCAAAGAUGCAAUAUGUGCAGCAAACAGGGGCAUUACAAUCCCAAAUACUAUUUUCAUGAUUUUUUUGUGGACUCAGAGAAAAAAACGAUGAUGCUUCUGUUCAUUUUGGAUAAUCACACUAACCUACAUGCUGCAUGUCGGAGGAGCGGAGGAGAAAACAACCAAACGGCACAGGAGAAGAGAAGAGAUGUGUGGAGCUUCUCUCUCCUUUUUAUUUUGCUUAAUUCUUUUAACACAAUGUUUGUCACCAACUGCACAUUAGCUGAGCCAUUGUCGAUAAAAGUGUUGCAGCGUUUAGUUGUUUGUGAUCCUCUCUGUUGGGCUGUUUGAUUAGUGUGUUUCCUGACGCUCCGCGGUUCCAGUGACUCAACCAGUAAUGACCAGUGUCUGCAAUGGGACAUAAGCAUAAUAGAAUGGAUCCUGGUUUCCUAAAAGAAAAAUCAGGUUUCUGGGGCCCGUGUGAUGUAAGACAGAGAGAGAGAAGGAAAAAAAGAGAUGUGUGACUUGAGCCUCUAUGGAGGAUUGUGGUUCUGUUACAGGAGCCAUGGACCAUUUCAACAGGCCAAAUAUGAUCAUUACAGUGAAGCAGUAAUUGGUAGAUAAGUUGCUAAUGACUUAUGUUGCAUGUUAAAUUAAAAUCCAACGGAGGGAUUAGAAACCAGAUUAGAGGAGGAUUGAAGACAUUUAUUCACUUCAAAAAAUCCAAAAGUUUUUAUGGAACCGGCUUUUUAUUUGUUUUCUGACAAAGCAGGUGGUUUGUUGCAAUAAAGGCCUUAGUUAAUCAGCCGGUCGUUGGCCAGCGUGAGGUGGUGUUUUGCGGACGGAGCAGGGUUGUUGGUUCCAGGUGUUUUUCCUGCAUCUGUCGUGGGGGAAAGGGCCGUGGAUCUGCGUCAGUUUUUCCUUUCAGCUCAAUCAGCUGAAACAUGCAAAUGGAAAGGAAUCGAGAUGUACAUCGCUGUCGGUUCAUUUAACGAUGAAAGGAUGUUUUAUUUGACCGUGUAUUCCAGAUUUUAGUGCAGAAGUUUUGGGGUUUUAGGAGAGAGUUUACUGAUUGUUGUUUUCGCACUCGGGUGGAUGCUGUUACAGAGUUUUUUUCGCACGAACUAGAUUCCUUCCAUAAUUUCAGGUACAUUCACUCAGUCCCAGAGCAGAGUGGAGAGGAGGAGGAGGACGAUUUCUGCUUCCCAGGUGGACACUGCUCUUGCUGUAGUUAUGGGACGAUGUCAAAGAGACAAGGGGGUGCAGGUGCUGUGGCUUUUCCACAGCUUCUGGAACUACUAGGGCAAUAAAACAUUCUGUAUUUUAAAAAAAAAUGUAAACACACAAAAAAAACUGACACACAACUUCAGUUUAUGGAAAAACAUGAAGAUAAAAAAACAAACACUUUGUGUUUGGGAGGUUUGCAUGUGACAACAGCGAUAAUGCAUGUGUGGAACACCAAAGUAUGACUCUGUACAACUCACUCAAUCUCUUUACUUAUUUUCCUCAUAGGUCAGGGAUGUAUUUUCUAAUGCAUGGCUGGAUGUUUGUGUCUUUUUAAAAAAAACUUAAAUGUGUUUUUAAAAAAACAUAAAAGCCCAACAUGUACUCUUUUAGCUGAAGCAUUGUGCUUGGUGUGGGUCAGUACACUUUUAACAAGCAUGUGACUUUUUACAGUUUUGCACAUUUAUGAGUGAAGUUUCCGGCGAGACGUGUGUGUGUGUGACGCUCCUUGUUAAAAGUGUCGGCGAGAAACUCCAAGCCGUGAAUACUUGAAGUGCAACUUGAGCGUUUCAGUUCCAAUGCAGUGGAAAGUUUUUUGAUUUUUCCUUUUCUUUCUCGGAGGGGGUGUUGCUCAUGAUAUCCCAAGCCUUCUUACUGUUGACUCUGGAAUGUUCCGGCAGCGCGGCCGCCCGCUUGGCCUGCUGGGAGGUUGAGCUCUUACCUUUUGAUUCCAUCUGGUGACUUAAAUUUUUUCUCUUUUUUUCUGAAAAAAGUCAAUGAAUGUGAGUUGAUUUCAGCAGAAAUCACUUUUAGUUUUGAUGUUUGACGAGCCGGGGGGUGGGGGGGGGGAUCUGACAUUGCACAGAACUUGCACAUAAUAAGUUAAAAACAAAACAUAAACCGUAGAAUUGUGUUGUAUAAGAAAGAAAAAAAAAUAACUGUGGAUAUUUAUUUUUUUGUUUUUGAGUUUUCCUAUCUAUAAAGGACACUUUUCACUAUAGUUUCCAAAGGGUAAAGUAAAACUUAUUCUAUUUACUGUUACAGGAGAUGGUUUAAAAGUGGACAGAGAAAUGUGUGUUUGUUUGCACCUGUGAGAGGUUGUGUCACGGUUGCUCAUGUGAAGCAAAAAGCAAGGAUAUGUUUAAAAUGUCAUCUCGGUGUUUGUACUGGUUCUCUGUUCGUUGCAAUCACCUGGUUUACACUUAACUCUGGAAUCAAUGGCUGCAAUACCAGAGGUUACUUACGAGUCUGUCGUCUCUGUUCUUGUGUUUUAACUCAAUUAGAAAACGUAUUUUUUGUUCCUGUGUCUGUUCUUAUACUUCAGGCGGGGUCACACACACGCACACACAUGCACGCGCACACACGCAAGAGUUUGGCCUUUGCACUUUUUUCAGUGGCAGCCGUGUUGGCGCCACCCUCCUGAUCACUGAACGAAUGUGAUGCUGUUUUCUUAUUUCCAGCCAGCACUUGUCAGUGGCAGCCGCAUGGCGGCCAUGCAGUUAGUCCGACCUGGUCGAACUGUGUAUGUAUGUGUGUGUGUGUGUGUGUGUGUGUGUGUAUGUGUGGCGCUGCCUCAAGUAAACUGUUAACGAUGGAGGAGAGAAAUGCCUAAAUUCUUCUGAUCUUCACUGAUAUUAAAUCAAGAAAAAUACUUAAAGAAUGGGAAAGCAAGUAUGCGCAGUGUACUAUAUAUAAUAUGCCUUGUUAUUUGAGAAAAAAAGAUGUAAAUAUACAUAUUUCUCUUUUAGUUUCUUCUUUUUUGCUGCUAUGAAAAAGAUGAUUAUUUUUGUUAGUAGUUUUGUUUUCUAUACAAAGACUGUGUAUAUAUAUAUAUAUAUACAUACAUAUAUAUCUCUGUGUUCUGUAAAUAUGCUUGAGCCUUCAUAUGUAGGACUCUGGAUGAACACUGUAUGAAACUCACCUCUUAAAUCUGUUCAGCAGUUAAACAACAAUGACUCGUUUCAUUAUUUAACCUUUCAAUCUCACCAUCAGGAAAAUGAAGAGCACAACGGCACCACACGACAAAAGAAAACAAGUCUUAAGAGGAUAUAGAAACUUAUUUUUGUUUACUUAGUGAAUCAUUUCCUGUGGGUAGAAAAGUGAGUUUUGUGUCUGUGUCAUCAGACUGUUGUCGGCUGGAGAUCAAAUCACGAGUAUGUGUAGGAAAAUCAAAUCAUGAUUACGACCUUCACAUAUAUUCCUAUUUUAUUGAGUUAUGUGUUUUAUGUAUGUAUUUCUGUUCUAAUUAAUCCUAAUAAUAUUUAUUUUAAAAUGUAACUAUCGAGAAACAACAUGUAUAUAAUGCACAUCAAAAGAUUCAUGAAUUCAAAAGGUUAGAAAUUGUUGACGUUUUUUUUUUUUCAACUUACAAGUGAAGGUUAUUAAUAAUAACUUCCCCUAAUGGUAUACAUUUAAAUCGCUUUCACUUGGUAGAUUGUUGUUCUGUAAAAUAUGAGCAGGAAUGACUCAUUUAAACAAAUUUGGUAACAGAAAAGAGAAAGCAUCUUCAGCUACUUCAGAUGGAGUAAGAAGAAAAACAACACUAAAAGUUUUAUUUUUUUCAAAUGUCAUGGUCACAAAAUCGUCUGGUCUGAAGAACAUUUUCUUUUGUGUGAGUUUUGCAAGUAAAACCAAUUCUUAUUAAGGGAACAAUUAAACAACACUGGAACCAAAAUGAGAAUCCUUAACUGUU